AUGAAAUUUUUUUUUCAUCACUUGUUGCCAGAAGUAAGUUGUGAUUUUUUAGAAUACAUAUUUUUUUAAACAAAUUGUGAAUUGCUAAUUUUUUCAUUUUGUUAAUUUUUAUAAAAGAAUUGCUUGUUUCUUUUAUUCGGUGUCUAAUGUUUAUUAGGUGCUUAUUUUACACCGGCCCUUGUUCCUUACUAGGAGCAUUAAAAAGUCGGAUGUGUGGAGAAAAUUUUACAUGAACCGCACUAAAAAUUCCAAAUUUUAUUUAAAAAAGUCUAUCGGAAUUCCGAUCGGAACGACCCUUUGGAAUCUUGCAAAAUAAUAAGCUUUCAGCUACUGUAAUAUUGGCGUUUAUUAAUCAUAGAACCUAAAAAAAAUCAUUUCAACCUACAUUUUUGCUUUCUUUAAGGUUAUAUAGGUUUCUAUUUUAAUCCCAAUACUCCGUUCUUGCCGAUCCCUUGUUAGACAACUUUUAAUGUUUAGAUAUGGGAAAAUGUCAUAGAGCAUGUCACGAUAAUGGAAGAUAUCUGUUCAUUGGCUGUAGUAAACAAAUAUUUUUACAAGCUUGUCAAAACGGACUUUCGGCAGCUAUGUUAUUAUCAUGCAGUAUACCGUCUUAAAGGCGAAACUUGGGCGUACGCUUUUAUAAAGUAAGUUUACAAAACUGUACGAUGGGACAGAGUAUUUACAUUCAGUUAUUUCCUUUUAGCACUAUACAUAUAAGACUUUGAAAUGAACUUUAUUUUAGCUUUGGGAACCGUGCGUAUAAUGCGGUGUGUGGUAAUAAAAUAUAUUAUCUAGACCACGCUAUUUGUUGCCCGUUUACUGGGAGAUUUGCCAUAACUCUUUUGUUUAACUAUGGCUGCGUUUUACCGACCAAUAUCGACUUUAGCCUCAACCAGUUUUCUGUCCUUGAUUUUCGCUCAUAUACAACCCAAAUUACGUACCUAAAUAUGAUAAAUCGAGGAAAAGAGCUUCUUGUUCGUUCUCCCUAUGUUACGUUGGUAUAUGAUUUGUCUUCUAUGAAGGUUACACAUAUAUUGACCCAUAACGCGUUAAACCAGUAUUACGCGAUACAAACAGGUCGUGUUGUGGACUGUUAUACGAAAAAGGAGUUCCAAGUUGAUGUAAAAAACUCACUUUUUGAAAUUUUCUACAUCAACAGUUAUGGAAAAUGUAAAUAUGUUGGAGUACAUACGAUAGAUGACAAACUUGUUGUAAUUGAUAGCGAAACAGGUGAAAAGCAUGAAGUUUGUGAAUGGAGAGACAAAAUGGUUGUGUAUGUCACCUCUGAAAACAACUCUGUAGUUAUUACGGGAUCCAGACGUAAGUAAAAGUUAACAAUUGGGGAGAGGGGAGGGUGAAGGACAGAGUUUUUCCCGGACCGGACCCAAUGCGGGAGUCCGGAAUUUGAAUUUUGUUUUCCCGCGCUUUUUUUCUACCGGACGGAUCGGUCUGAAAGUUUUUCUACCCCUAUUUGGAAUGGUGCUGACCCUUUUAGAUGCUGUUAGUUUUUUGAUAUCUAUUCUAGUUUUUGAGAUAUGCGUUUGGCGGGAAAAAUAAAUUCAAAAAUUCGGAUUGUGCGGCCGGAUCGGACCCAAGAGGAAAAACUCUGGUGAAGGAGGAUCUUUCCAGGAUAUAGUUUGUAUAUUACGUAGCAUUUUUAAAAAAGAGUUAUACGAAAGUUUGCUUGUAAAGUAGGAUCCUCACCUCCCUGCAGAUUUUAUUCUACAAGUGUAAGAAUGAACAUUUGUUCUACAAAUGUACAAAACUUAAUAUUAAAAUUAAGGUCAUGCUCAAGGAUGUCAAAUAUAUUGUCUCAGAAGAAGAUCAUUUGUUUUCGAUCAAAUAAAUGAUGAACGAUGGUUCUUGUUUAAUUCUAGCAGUCUUUUCAAACCUGCGGAUAUGUCGGUAUGGAUUUCAAACAAAUAAAAAAGUUAGAAAGAAAUAAUAACUUUUUUUUUCUAACCUCGACCCUUAAAUUAGCAAUGGCUUUUUACUCUAACAGCUUUAACUCUAGUGUUACCCUAGGCUCUCAUUCAGCUUAUCGAUAGCUAUAUGCAUAGCAAUAACCCUAUCCUUUUGAUAGGAGCCGUGGAUUACUUUUAACUUUAUUUUAAAAGUAAAGAUUAAUCCACAGUCGGUGAUAAAUAGUUUCACUUUCAGUUUUUGGUUUACGACACAGAGAUAAACAAUUGGAGAGAAAUAAAGCCCAAUCCUAGCCUUCGACUAGAACGUAGGUGUGAGUGUUAUUUGACCUCCGACUUUGUGCCAAUGCCGACCUACACAAUUAUGGAAUCCUUUCAAGAUGGCAUUGUCAAACGCGUUUUACUGCGCUUUAAAAAAGGCAAGUUUUAAAAUUUGUUGGAAUGGAGAGUUGUUCCUCCUUUUCUUGUAUUUUAAGUAUAAAAGCAUAGCAAAUCAUUAAAAAAAUUUUCUACGCUUUAUUAUGCCCUAUAUUGUUCAGAUACCAAUGUUCACCACUACUGGAUAUAUCCUAUAAUCAAACGCUCUAUGCUUUGCUCUGGUUGAUCUAUAAACUAAAUUUUAGGAGUUGUCCGUGCAACAACCUUUAAUGCCGAAGUCGAGUUCAUUCCUGAAAAACAUAACAAUUGGCAACCCCUUGAAGAUGAUAACCAUCCAAUCGCGCAAUUUUUACAAAUGAACGAUGUAAAGCCAAGCAAAAAAGCAAGUAGCUUAAUCGGUUGGUUUAGCCAGUCGUACAUGAUUGAGCCACGUAUCCAGUUAGUUGAUGCCAAAACCGGAGCUAUAAAAGAAGGGCUGAAUAGUAUUUUGUGA